AGGAGGACGUAAUAUGACACGAGUCGUGGCGAUGCAUGCAGCGGUUGCAGAGCACGCAGCGACAGAGCAUAGGAGGAGGAGGAGUCGUUAACUCUAUUUAUACGCGCGCGCAUUAGCCUAGUUCCUACUCCUCGCAUUCCCGUUCGAUCGAACGCGGAAAUUAACCCUCACGAGAGCUAGCGUGGCCCUGCCCCGGCCUUCUUUUAUCGACCGAUCAUGUCGUCGAGAGCGCCGCCGAUGGAGCUCGACUUCCUCGGCCUCCGCGCCGGAGCCAACGACGUCCCUGGCGUCGGCGAGCACCACGCCAAGAGCAGCGGCGCUUCCUCCUCAUCGUCCAUCCGAGGGAUGGAGACGAGCGCGAUAGCGAGGAUAGACCCGCAGCUGCUGCGCCGCGUCGUCGUCGGCGCCCGCCCGCCGGCACCGGCCGCCGCUGCGGCUCCCAUGACGGUCUUCUACAACGGCUCCGUCGCCAUCUUCGAUGUCUCCCACCAUAAGGCAGAAGCUAUAAUGCGGAUGGCAACGGAGGUAACCACGUUAGAGAGAGACGGCCGUGGCAAUACACUUGUUGGAAAUUUCGGCAAAGACAUACCACUCGCAAGAACGAAAUCGCUGCAGCAGUUCCUCGUGAAGCGUAAAGAGAGGUUGACCCACCUGGGUCCGUACCAGCUGGGAAGGCCCGGCGCCACCGUCGGCAACAAGGCCCCCUGUGUGAAGAAGGAAGCGGAAGCUGCCUAGCUAGCUGGGCUCAUUUGCUCGACGAUAUAUGUUGUUUGGUGCUCUUGAUUAUAUUUAGUACGGAGUACUAAUUAUUGGUUAUCUCGUGAUUACUCAGUGUGUAUUCCAGGUAGUACUUUACUGCUAGAUGAAUUUAAGGUUAGGGAUAUAGUAGUACAUGAGACUUGUGACGCUGUACUAUAUCUGCAUGCGCGGAUGUUCUGCAUGCGCGGAUGUUCUGCACUGUUCCGUUUGGUAAUUGGUAAUUGCAGUGUCGUCGUAGAUACAUGUUCACACCCUGACAAGCUACCGUCCUUCAUUAUUUUUAUUAGAGAAAAAGAAUAUAUAUUCUCCUUAUCGUUGUA